ACGUUAAAAUGUAUGUAGCGUUCGCAAUUUGUUAGACGCCCUCAUUCUCAAGCGAACCUGUAACCCGUAUAUUCAUCUUUUUUAAAUAAUCGGAUUAUUGCUAAAUCCAUAUUUCAAAAAUAUAUUAUCUCUGAGUCCUUACAAGAUGGCAGAGAAGACAAGUUCAGCUCAACCUAUGGGGCACCCGUUUUGGCCACGGGACAUGAUCAUUCCAAACUACAAAGCGAAUGACCGUUCUAUGUCAGAGAUUUUGACAUUCCUGUUUUCUGUAUCUGGGGUGCUACUGGUAGCUGCCUGGGUUCUAACUGGGAAUCAAGUGGCUGGAAAAAAACUGAGUGGAUGGAGACGGUUAGCCCUGUGCUGGUUCACUGUAUGUGGCUUUAUUCACUGUGUUAUUGAAGGAUGGUUCUCUUUCUAUUACCCAGUCAUUCCAGAGGACCAGAGCUUCCUGUCCCAACUCUGGAAGGAAUAUUCAAAAGGAGAUAGCAGAUACAUCAUAGCAGAUAAUUUCACAGUGUGCAUGGAGACUGUGACUGCAUGCUUUUGGGGGCCAUUCAGUUUGUGGAUUGUUGUGGCGUUCCUGUACAAUCACUCUUACCGGUUUGUCCUGCAGCUCAUUGUGUCCCUAGGUCAGCUAUAUGGAGCGGUGUUGUACUUUUAUACCGAGCACAGAGAUGACUACAUGCACAGUGAAUUUGGACACCCCAUCUACUUCUGGUUCUACUUUACUUUUAUGAAUUUUUUGUGGAUUGUAAUACCUUUUAUCCUUAUUGUGGAUUCAUGGUCUCAGCUCUCAUCUACUCAAGCACUUUCAGAUAGUACAAAAGACAAACCUAAAGCUCAAAAAGGCAAGAAAUCUCAUUGAGAAAAGUGAUAGCGAAAUAAAUAAUCUCUCUACACCGUUCUAGGUGAUAGGGUUAAGAAAAUAUAAAACUCCUAUGAACUGGUUUACAAUGUUGUGUUUAGGUGGUGAACAAUGCAGUGAUUGCUACAGAUCCAAACAAACUUUGAUGUACAAUAAACAGGCAAUUUGUACCUGUUAACUGUAAGUACGUGUUUAGUCUGUUUGAAAGACCUAAGAUAAGAUAACUAGAUCUGUCUUAUAUGCUUAGAUAACUCGGCAAAAGAAAGGAGAUAACACAGAAUAUACAGCUUGGCUUCAUCAACCUUCUUACACAACCUGUCAACAGUCUCAAAGCAAAUCCUGUUGUAAUGAUCAUUUUAUGUCAAGGCCAUGAUUCUUCUGUAAUUGUGUGGCAACAUACAGUACUGAUUUGAUAUUUUGCCUAUUUUCCUUUGCUUUAACAAUGCUUAAUAUGGCAUUCAUAGUGCCCUUCAAAACUUGUUUGUCAUUCAAAAACAUGAAAAACCUAUUCUUUAAAAAUAUUAAUGUAACAGACUGCUUGGGGAAUAAUGACAUGACACAAUACUUUUUUCUCUCAAAUAAAAUCUUUUUUAAAAAGGUCCUA